AUGUCAAACAUCCUCGUCUACUCUGGACCAGGAGUCUCCACCAGCGCACUCGCCCACACCUUGCGGGCACUCGAGUCGCUGUGUCCCACAUACGAUGUCCGGCCCACUUCGGCGGAAGAGCUCGCACUGGCCCCAUGGCAGGAGACUGCGUCCCUGGUAGUCAUUCCUGGCGGACGAGAUCUUCCAUAUGUCGAGGAGUGGUCUAAGCUCAGGAUUAGGGAGGGGAAUGGGGAGGGCAGUAGUGCCGGCGCAACAGCUCAAGACACCGUCAGAAAUUGGGUGACCCAGGCAGGCGGGGCCUUCUUAGGCAUCUGCGCUGGGAGCUACUUUGCCUCGUCCACUUGCACCUUUGAGCAAGGCUCUCCUAUGGAAGUGAUCGGAGCAAGGGACGGUCUGAAAUUCUACCCAGGAGAAUGCAGAGGCACGGUGUACAAGGGCUUCGUGUAUGAAAGCGACGAGGGUGCAAGAGUGGUUCGUCUGGACACAGCAACGCAAGGAAAGCUAGCGAUGCACUACAACGGUGGUGGAGCCUUCAUUGAUGCGGACAAUGCACAGGGGGUGGAGGUUCUAGCUAGGUAUCCUAUAGAUGACUGGGACGUAGCUCAAAUGAGCGUCAAUGGUGGUGAGACCUACGCAGGACAAGCGGCCGUGGUCCUCUGCCAGGCAGACAAGGGAAAGGCCCUACUCUUCGGAACCCACCCAGAAUUCAGCCUGCUGCCUGGCAGUCGUCCAGUACGCCUCAGGGAGAAGGACCAAGACGGUGAUGAGGGUAUGGCAGACGAUGAGCGGACAGCUGAGCAAGUAGCAGAGAGUCAUCGCAAGGAGCUCAUCCAGGAAGAUUACGAGCGGAGGCGGUAUUUUGGACGCUGCCUAGCCACCCUUGGGCUGCGCGUCCUCAUACCCGGGCAAGAGGAGGAACACCCCGCCUCUCAGAAGCACGCUGCCACGUCUGCUGAGCUCGCAGCACAGGGGCGACUGUCGCCUCUGUACCUCGUUGCAGCAUCGGACGCCAGCCUUCAGCAGACACUGAAGGCCAUCCAAGAGUUCAGCGCAACCACAGCCUCUUCUUCCGAACCUUUGGCGCAUCUCACAGUCUCUACCGGCCAAGGUACAUUACUGACGGAGUCGUCUCAGGGCUACUUGGCCUCGACGAAAGACAGCAACGAUGUGCUGCACUGGUAUGCAGCAGUUUCGCCCGCUGCGCAAGAAGCCCUCACGGCAUGCGACGGAGGCUUCUACCCGACAGAAGAAGAAGACACAGAGACGGUCAAUCUGCACAAGGUGCCAAAAUACCUCAUAGCCUCGUCUCUGACGGGGUCUAGCCCGCAGCGUCAUUGGGACUCGUCUCUCUACUUUACCUCUCUGCAGCAAGCUCGGUCCGCACUUGACGAGGUGCCCGUAGAGGAGAUUGGGUCUGUCAUCCAGUAUGGAGAGAGGGUGACCUCCACACAGACUAUGCUCGACAAGAAUCCUCGUCUGAUGCGACUGCUGCCCAGCGGCUUCACUUCACUAGCCACCCACCAGAUCUCUGGAAGAGGCAGAGGCGGCAAUGCUUGGAUCUCGCCUCUGGGCUGUCUUCAAUUCAGCACCCUGCUUCACAUCCCUGUCUCUCCCUCUUCCGGAUCAACACAGGCGUACCAUCACAACCUUGGCUCUACGCCCAUGGCCAUUGGUCCAAAGCUGGUCUUCGUCCAGUACCUUGCCGGCCUGGCAAUCGUGCAAGCCAUCCGAGCUGGUCUAGGUGCAGAGUAUGCUGAAGUAGGUCGAAAGGUCAGACUGAAGUGGCCUAACGACAUUUAUGCCGAGGUAGAGGACGGUCCGGGAAGUGAGGAGAGGAAGGGAGUCUUCAAGCACUUGGGCAAGAGCUGGGCAAAGAUGGGAGGAAUCCUCGUUAACAGUCAAUUCGAAAAGGGAGUGUGGUCGCUGGUCGUCGGUUGCGGCAUCAACACUCUCAAUCCCCUUCCGACCACGUCCCUCUCAGCCUUGAUCGACACCUACAACGCCAAGCAUUCGUCCUCUCCUCCACUGGCGCACGUCUCGCAAGAGCGUCUUGCCGCCAGCAUCCUGACGACCUUUUCCUCUCUAUGGUCCCACUUUCUCCUCUCGGGCGGAUGGUCCCCGACCCUCGCCCGACUCUACAGACAGUACUGGCUUCACUCCGAUCAGAUCACCACACUCACUACGCUACAACCCCCACUGAAGGUGCGCAUCGUGGGCAUCUCUAGUGAUAACGGUACACUGAGAGCCGUGGAUCUUUCCUCGGGAGGAGGGGGAGGAGGGUGGGGUGGAGCGGCGGAGAUUAGGAGCGAAGAUGAAGAGGGAGUGAUUGAGCUGCAGCCUGAUGGCAACAGCUUUGAUAUGCUCAAGAACCUCAUCAAGAUCAAAGAGUGA